GGUGGGGUGGGCAGCGAUUAGACCCAUCACAGGAUUAGAUGCGUAUGGGACACAGGACAGAGAGCAGAAAGGGUUGCCGGGGUCAGAGGUUAAAAAGUUCUCACACACAAUUACCCGAUUCGAUCUAUCUCAUGUGUGGAAUGGAUAUGGCCCAUAGCCCCCGCCCCAUUCUAACCCAUCCUAUCGCAAGGGUUGUUAAUACAGUUUUAAGUGAUUUUAUGAUGAAUUUCUGCCUUAAAACUCUAGCUUAUUUGUACACACGCAUAGCCGACAUAUCAACAACUUCAUCAUCAUUAACACGAAACAGUUAUGCGAUUUGGCUCUAACUUGUCCUAGUCUGAGUUUGGGGGUUUGGUUUGGGUUUUAAGGAACGGGUUUUGGUGUGGGUUUGGGUCGUUGCGGGUUUCAGGCGAAAGUUUUUAGUGUGAACAUUUCACAGCCAUUUUAUAUGCGUACUUAAGUGGUUUGCCUCUUGGCGGCACUUCUAAACCAUGCCCUCACCCCUUGCUGCUCUAUUAGGCAGACACGCACAUGUGUCAUGUGUGUGUGUCUGCAAGAGUGUUGAUUUUUGUGGCAUUUAAGCCUUUUUGAACUUUGAACUUGUUGGUUGGCUGGCGGGAUAAUGGGUUGGUGGUUUUCUGGGAUUGGUGCGCUUGUACGCUGGUAAUUUUGUGAAUUGUUUUACCAUUUUGCCACCAUUUGCUGCUUGUGCAUGCUACGGGUUUUGGCGUUGGUGUGGAGCUGUGGCGAAUCACUUAAAGCCAUAACGCCAGGCUCCUAGUUUUCGUUUAGUGGCUGUCACUGUCCCAUUUUUAGGGAUGGGGGCUUGAUUUUCAGUGCCUGAGUGCUUCUAAAUUGAUGGUUAACCAGCACCGUGAUUGAAAACAAAUGUAGGAUAAGUUGGAAGGCUUUAGGCAGAUGUCUUGAAUUUUUGGCGUGCUUCUUAGUAGGAAGACGGUUGGCUCUAGUAAGCCAUCAUCUGGCAGUGGGAGUAAUCAUCUUUGAAUUAUCAUUUAAAUCAUUGAAUAAUUUAAAUUUGAAUAGAGCUCAAUUUGGCAUUUAUGUGGUAUUCGACCGAAAAGGGGGUAUGUUGAAGAUUAUGUUAUGUGUCAAGGAACCUAUUUAACUAUGGGACUUUAUUGAUUGUAUUUCAUGAGUGAUAAUAGUAAAUCACUGACCACUGAUAGAAGAUUUACAACCUGCAGAAAAAAGCGAGGCUGAGUACGUUGAUCCCAAUAAGCUUUUUUUCGGUGGAGGGGUGCACCGAGUGAUCCAGGGUCUUCCCCCUCCACACAUGCAUGUGUAUGUUCAGAGUCAGAUUCCGUGUCCCAGCCAGUCUCCUUUAGUUGUACAGUCUUUUAAAGCUGCCAAGCUAGGGUCGCCAAGAGGCGAAGGAUGGAGAAGGGGCGGGAUGAAAGGAAGAGUGGGGCGGCGGUCUAUGUAAUACAAACGACAAAGAGCCCGAAGGAGCGUGACAGAAGCGAGGCAAGUCAGUCAGUGAGAGAGAGAAAAUUUUUUUCGGGAAUAUAUUUGUUUUUUUUUUUAAUUUACUUAACCGCAGCAGCGGAGCUUGACGCCGAUCGUUUCCUCUUUCUCUCGCUCGUCCAGGGCCUAUAGUUUAAAAUGUGCAUGUACCCACACACGCACACACACAAACAAACCCAAAAAACAAUCCGGACAAAGGCAGCGGCAGCGGAGCUUCUCUCUCCGGGCUACUUCCUAAAUUUUGUGUGUUGCCCUCGAUAGGUCGCUGAGCUGCGAUCGUUAUAUAUGCACUUACAUGAGAGUGUUGGUGUGUUCUGGUGUGUGUGUUGUGUGAGUGAUCGCUCAAGCAUGCUUGUGUGUGCGCUGAGAAACCUCAAAAAAGAGUUGAAUUGAAGCCGUUAACCUCGGCAGCGCGUUCGUCGCCCGAGUUUGUUUUUGGAAAUUAUUAUUGCCUUGCUGCGCUGUAUUCCACUCCCCCUUCCCUUCCCUGCCCCCUUCCUCCACCACCCUUACGAUGGAGGGUCAAGGGGGUGGUAGGAGAUAGAGUGAAAUCAUUUGCCAAAAUGUUUCCUCGGUGGCGAGGGGCUGCAAACUACAAACACAUGUGCGCCACCAGACUCCUGCAGUGGUGCAGUGAUGGUGGUGUUUGUGCAAUCGUGAGUGGCACUAAAAAAUUACGCAAAAUAAAAAAGCGGAGCUGCACUAAAACGAAAACAAAAACACGGGAUCAAAAGACAAAAAGACAGCUAGCCAAAAAAGCAGAGAGAGGAGCGCACAAACCCGUUCGGGAAAGAAGAUUUGUGAGUUUGCAAUUUUUGGCACACACAAACGGGUUUCGAUUCGUUUCUCUUCUUUUGGUUUCGUUUUCGGGCAUGCAACAGCCCCUGCACCACAGGCAUUGUUGAGAAAUUUGCGCACAGCUUUCUAUGGCAAUGGCAAUUUCAGUAGCUCGUCAUGGGACAGUAGAAGCGGCAGGGGCGGCUGAUGGGCCGGGGGAUAGAGAUACAGAUACAUAUGGAGGAGAGCCCCUCGAUAUGCCUGCCCCUUCAAUCAUGUAAGAUCGAUGGGGAGCGGGUGCCGUGGUGUGCGUGCAUUCUUCAGGUUUUGUGGCUGCUGGGAGUCCGUAGAAAGUUUUUGUGCUUUGUGCGCCGAUCAAAGGGCAGGGGCGGUGACAACCAACUUGGGCAAAGAGGAGUGAGAUUGGUAUUUGUCGACGAUUUCUCUUUUCGCCUGGAUGCAACUGUGAUCGUGGCAAUGCGAUCCCUUAGAUGACGAACAGCAACGCUUCCAGUGGCAAUCACAGGGGCAGUUGCAUUUCACCUGCCUAACGCAAUAAAUUAAAAUUGUUUGUGUUAUUUUUUUUGUGGCCCCAGCAUUUUUCAUUAAGAGCUGGGUAAACAUGUUAAAAAAAAAAAAAAACAAGGAUAAAUCGACGCAACCACAAAAAAGAGAGCACAUUGGACUGAGUUGGGGCGUAGUCGUGGGCGUGGCUGACAUGGCAUGUGAGGAGCUUUGUCCAGCGCAUAACCAUCCAACUCCCACGUCCAAUCGCCCACCAUCCCACACCUCGCACACCAACUCACGCACGGGUCCAACGUUACAUUAUAUUUUUAACAUUUUAAAAAUGGCUGCCUUUUUGCAACACACGCACACUCUAUGGCGUAUGUACUGCGAUUUGUAUGUGUGUGUGCAUUCAGGCAAUUUAAGCACAUAAAUAUAUAUUGAAUUGGAAAAUGCACAAAAAGUUUCACAAAAAUCAAAAUAAAUAACUGCGCGUAGGCAUAACAAUUUAUUGUUUAUAAAAAACACAAGCACACAUACCAAAAAGAGAAAAAAUAAGGCAAAUAGACAGCCGAGUGUCGGGCAAAUUGCUGUACUUGUGUCGGCCAGCCGCGUUAAAGUUAAUAUAAUCCAAAAGCAUAGAUAAAUACCCAACCCACGACCAGUCAAAAUUUCAGACAAGAGAUUCGAUGGCAGCUCUUUCGAAUCCUUUGUGCGAACCAGCGCCCUUUCCCGCUAAUUCCCAAAAUCAGAUGCGCACACACGUAGGCAGAGCUUGGGGUCAGAUUGAUGCAGCUAGCCAAAAUACGCAAUUUGCACAGUCCCCUUCUACCCACUUUGGUUCCCUGUUUUUUUCCUUCUGUGCGUCAUUUUCAUAAUACGCACACAUACAGCACUUGUAUUGAUGCAUGUACCACGCGGCGUAUGUGUAAUUUGUCCGGCACCAUCCUCCGAUUCGACUAUUCUCCCACUCGGCCCACUGUCGCCCAAUGCAGCGCGCAGAAAACAAGCAAAACAAAAAGUGAAAACAACACAAAACAAGGCGAAAAAAAAUGAUGUCAGUGGAGAAAACGAGCAAAACAAACGAGCAAAAAGAGGAAAAAUGAACCAAAUAAAUUGUAUGUGUGUGCGUGCGUGUGCUUGUGCGUGUGAUUAACAAAAAUGCAUUGGCCUUAUGGCGGACAGUAUAUCCGGCCGGAACACCCACUCUCCUCCUCCACUCCUUUACUCCCUCGUCAGCUGCAUUUGCACUUUAUUUUUGUGCGUGCAUCGCUCUGUUUGUGGGAGUAUGCACGGCCAUGUACUGAGUUUGGCGAUUUUUUAAUCGUUUUUAUUCAACUUUUUUAUUUUUUUGUGAUGUGUUUUAAUUUUUUGACUUUUUUGUUUUGUUUCCUUGCGAGUCCUUUUUGUACGUAUAUUAUGUAUUACCACACACACACACAGGCAGGCAGAGCAAAACAUGUUGUUAAUGGUAAUGUGAUAUUUGGGCGCUGUUGCAUUAACGUUAUUUCGGGCCGCGACGUACAUAGGCCACAGCCCAUCUCCACCCCCAAAUUCCCCCUCCACGGACCAGAGCUUAUGUAUUUUUUUCGAGACUUCUCCUUUUUUUUGGUGAUUCGGUUGGGGGUAAAAAAAUGUUUUUCACGCAAUUUUCAGCCGCUGACGGCAAUUUGGACAUCAGCACUAACAAAUAUUGCCCAAAAAAGGUUGGUGGUGUGGGUGCAGAAAAGACUGAUCUGCAUUUCCUUACACAAUUGAAGCGGCUAAUAAAAACACAAAUUGGAAGGACUAAAAAAAACCAUAGAUGUGAAUAGCCCUUUACCUUCAAGAAAAUUAGGCUGACCAUACGUCCUUGCACCCACAAUCGAAAAAUUGCAUAAGGCCUUAGCCAACGCAAUCAUAUGAAAAUCAAUUAUUGCUGAGAACUUCCAAAUACUUGUUAGGCAUUUUUUUUGUAUUGAUCAAAUCUGUAUUAAACAGGCGGAAAAAUAAAUUUUCUUGGCGCUGCUGAAUUGAAACAAUUUAACAAAUAUUUCCAAUUGCAGACUGGUUUUUAAUAAAACAUAAAACUAAUUUAUUUUUACAACUGUUAUACUUAAAACUUGGGUUCAUUCCAUAGUUAAAUUUUGAAUUGAAUCGGAUCAGACGGGGAUGAUCAUGAAAUAUCCAGUAUAUUUGAAUUAAACACAAGUCAAGUUAAUAGACUACAUUUUUCGGAAAAACUUUUUCUUGUGUACCUUAUUUGACUCUCUAGCAAAGCUGCGUUUCCGUAGAGUCUUCGGUUUAUUCUAAAUUAAGGGUUUUUUAAUAUUGGGACAUUUAGGUUAAGUACAAAUAAAAAGGUUGGUAUGCGUGUUGCUGAUGCAUUGCCAAACAUUUGUUGGUAAUAGUCCCGGCUAAUUUUGUAAUUUACAAUAGAAGCCUAAUGCGUUCAUGCGCGUGUUUGUGUACAUGGGAAGGUCUCUGAUGGAUCCAUCCUUCCCUGGUCCCUAAGUCGGUGCUGCACGAAGCGCUCAACAGGUGGACAGCUUUGUGCCAUCCUAUGCCUUCUAGCUAGUAAUUGCUAAACUAGAUGGCAAACUAUUGGAGGCAUACACAGGAAGUGUGUGUGUAUGUGUGCAUACUCACACAGCUAGGCUAGCCCCCUUACACUGAUGAACACCAGCGCCCGAAAACAGGCAGCUAAAAAUGCUCAAACUGCAGCGCGUGUAUAUGUACAUAGCAAACGCAUAAAUGUGCGGCUCUGUAAGCGCUCGUGUGUGCGACGUAUUUUAGCGCAUUUUUAUAUAAUUUCCACUUAGUUGCCUCGCGCACAUUUAUUUAUUUUGGUUGUUUUGUCCUCUUUUUUAAUUCGCGCUGCCACACGCCACGACCUUGCCGCACCACACCCGCCUACUGCCAGCAUUAACUUUGCUGCACUUAUCCGCAGCGGCAGCAGCAGCGGCAGCGCUGCAUUUGCAGUUGCAUUUUGUAGUAUUUUGCUUGCGAGUUCUAUUUUUUUUUAGUUUUUUUUUCAAAUUUUUUUUAGUAUUUUUUUGCAUUUCCAGCGCCGCACAAAAAACGCCCAUAACUGGAAUCGGCUCGCCGGACUGGCCGGACUGCAGGAUGCAUACGUAUGCUUGCAUCCUUUUUUCGGGGGUUGUUUUGUUCACGCACACACGCAUUCGGCUGCAUGUGCAACGCACGGAAAAGCAUCGAGUGUAUAUUUAAAAAAAAAAAUAGGGAAAUGCAACGCUCUGCGCUCGUGUGCCCGUCCGUCGCUCGUUCGAUCGUCGUUGACUUAUUUUUUAAUUUUAUUGACAGUCGCAGUCGACGUCGGCGUCGCUGCCAGUGGGCGGGGGCUGAUGUGGGGGCGAGGGCCGCCCACAAGUGCAUUCAAUGUCAGUGCAUCGUGAGUCGGGCGUUGGCAGCCGGCCGGCUCGAUGCGAGUAGGCCUAGUAGGGAGCUCGGGCUUUGGUUUUGUUUUGUGUUGCCUACUUUUUGUGCGCGUGCAUUUCGACGCUCUUAGUCCUUUUUUGUUCUGCUUUGCUUUUUUCGGUUGCACUUUUUUGAGUUUUGUUGCUUUUUUUGCGUGUGUAUGAGUGUUUGUUUUUUGUUUUUGGGCCUGUGUCCUGCAUGCAUGUGGUUGAAAAUGCGUGUGCCAGAGUGAGUCAGAUGCAGUGCAGCGAUGGGGGUUUUUUUAAGCCUGCUCCUGUUUUGGGGUUUUGCUCGCCGCCAAUGCAUUUGUAUCCUACCAGUUGAGAAGUUUCCCCGCCUCUCACACCGCUCGGGCUUUCCCUUUUUAUACUUUUUGGCACUUUUCCAUUAUGUGCUUCGUUUUGCGUGACAGCGACUUUUUGAUAGGCCUACACAUGCGUCGCUUAUUUUGGGGGGAUUUGAAAGGUUUGCUUAUGUGCAGCGUUGCAGCGAGGGCCAGCUGAAAACAAGGAGGCACAGGGGCGUCCAGGGGUACAUGGAGUGCCUAUGCCAACUGUCCGUUGCUGAGGACAAGGCUGGGCAUGCAGUGCGUAUACGCCAGUCUAGGCAUAGCAUCACAUGUGUGUGUGUGAUUGUUUUGCGAGUGUAUGUACGUGGUGUCCUUAACUAAAUAAAUAUAAUGAGUUGAACCGUGGGACAAAAGCUGUCAAAGGGUUACGAAUCUCAGAGAAUGGAUUGCAUAUUCGAGUAAGAACUGUACACUGUGUAAGCUUACAGUUAGUAAAGUUAAAAAAUAACGAAAAGGUGUUUUUAGAUCCAAAAACCGAAAAAUCGAGAUGAUUUUUUCCGGAUUUUGGCCAUCAAAAAUAAUUCCAGGUUGAUUUAGUCAAAUCUAUUUUCUGAGCGAUUUUCUCAUUUUUCAUAAGUAACACUAUGAUUUAUUACGAAAACUGGCCCAAAAUAAAAUUUUAUAGCUGAGAAUGGAUGGGAAAUUUUGCAACAAAUUCGACAAGGAUUAUACCCUAUUUUUUAAAGCAAAUCAAUUUUGAAAAAAUUGAGGCGAGACGUGAUUGACUUUCAAAGAUAUUAAGAGCGUUUGGGCAAAGACAGACAGGAAUUUAUAACUUGUGGUUCGGUUGCAACCGUUACAUAUCCUUUCCGAACCGCUGAAUGCUCGUGCUAAUCAAUUCUUCUGAAUUAUUCGUUGCACUUGUCCCACUGCUCAGCUGAAUCCCAUAGGGGCUGAAAUGGGUUCGGGGUUGGCUGGCUGUUAGCCAAAAAUAAAAACAAAAAAGUACAAUAAAAGCAUCGAACUUUUUUCCCAUUUGAAAUUGCAUUUUUGUAUUUUUCUGUUUUUUUGCUUAAAUAUUUUAUAUAAAUAUCUACAUGGAUCCGCCGCUGCAUUCCCGGCACGCACGAUGCAGCAGCUCCUGAUUGUGUCCGUGUGUGUGCGCUAAUGGCAGUGCAACUGCAACUGGUGUUUGUGUAUUAUUUAUAUAUAAGCGCAUAUAAUAUAAAAAGGCUGAGUAUUCGCCGAUUUCUUUAGUUUUUUUUAAAUUUUAUUUUUUUUGGUUUUUGCGAAGCCACGCAGCAGCGACGCCGACGUCGACGGAGGGUGCAUAUGCCGAAAAAGGACGAAAGCGUCGCUCAUUUGCCACGCAUCUGGUUGUGUGCAUGUGUGUGCGUGGGGCGGGUGCGGAAGUGGGGCAGGCAAAGUGCACACAUUUUUAUAGGGUUUCGAUUGCAUUUAAAAUUUUUUUUUUUCCUUUUUUUCGAUUACAUGUGUGUGUUGCCGUGUAUUUGGAUUACGCUUUGUAGCUCCUUCAUAGCCCUCUCCCUUAGGCUCUCAUCACCCUUCUUGCGACGUGCAUUCAAUGCCCAGUUUUUAGUUUUUUUUUUUUCUUUUUUUUGUUUUUUUUUUUUUUGCAUGUGUGUAUGUAUAUUUUUUUGUGAACGAUUUUUGCAGUUUGUUUUGGGCAGAUUUUUAUUUUUCGGCGACCAGUCCCUGCUCGGUGGACAGAGACAGCAGCAGCGGGAGCGAGUGAGAGCGAGCUGCCAGGAGUAGGAGCAGCCGCUUAACCAGGUCCGGACGAAACUGAAGUAGGGGUAGUCGGCUCCGCUCAGGUCAGCCGUGUGCGCGUGUGUGUGUGGCCUGAGAACUGAUGGCCGCGACGCUGGCUAUGAUGAUGUUGGCUCAUUACGAGCUGCCUGCAUAUUAUGUGCAGGCCAGCGGUGCAGCGGCUCAGAACCGACUUUGCCGUUGGAGCAUUGACAACUGCAGGCCGCCACACACACAACCGCCUGAGAGUGUUUAUAUGCAGACACAUACACACAAAGAGGACGACAGCGCCAAAUUCUGAAGCUUACGCCGGCGACGGCUGCGACAGCGACGCUGAUUUCAAAAACACAUUUUCUGGGCAACAUUAUUUUUCGUAUAGUUCGGAUCCAUUUAGAUGAACAUCAGUUAGCUAUCGGAUUGGACGUGCGUCUUUCGACAGAGCCAACCAGCCCAACCAAACCAAGUCAGACCGACACCGACCAGCCCGAGCCUCAAGCCAGCCCAAGUGAAAUUUAGUUGAGUUCAGUUUAGUUUCACCCAGUUAACCAGUUCAGUUUAAGUGAAGUCUGAAAGCCAGCAGAACACAGACCAGAGACCAGAUACCAGGACACUCGAUUCAGUGCAAUGCCAGAAACAAUUCGCCGCACCCCAAAGUGGAGCGAGCAACGUGAAUCUAUGACCAAGUCCGGCACCGCCCCGCCUUUUUUGUUCAAGUGCUAAGAAAUAGUUUUUUUCAAGUGACCUAAUCAAACGCUGGAAAGUGCUAACUGAAAACAAUCAGAACGAAGAUAAAAACCAAUUCACAACAAACUGAGACCAAAGUGCGUGUGUGCAAGUUUAGCCCGUUGCAGCCACCCGCCACAGGACUCGCUCGCAGGAAACGCAAGAAGCUUAUUUUCCACUCUGAUCGCAGUUAAAUAAUCAUUAGUGAACAGCCUAUCUACCCAGCAACACAAUCGGUCCCAACAGCAAAUACUACCGACAGUAACCAAAGAAGUGCGAGAGCCACAGCGCUUUCAUCCUUUAAUCGGGGCCCGAGAAAAAGCCGUCAAAAUACGCAAGAAGGUGACCUCAAAGAAGGCCAGCGUUGUGUUGGUUGACGACGAUCACAACAACAACAACAAAAACAACCACAAAAACGACCACAACGCUCGGCAGCCCAUACCCACCCCCACUUCCACGCCAAUACCGAUACCAACGCCCGCAGCCACGCCUACACCCGUGUACCCAGAACAGGAGCAAGUGCCAGAAGCCCAGUACCAUAGGCAAACCCGGAACAAACAGCUCAUCGAGAUGGACGACACACAGCACUUCUGCCUGCGCUGGAACAACUAUCAGAGCAGCAUCACCUCGGCAUUUGAGAACCUGCGGGACGACGAGGCCUUUGUGGAUGUGACGCUCGCCUGCGAGGGACGCAGCAUCAAGGCGCACCGCGUCGUCCUCUCAGCCUGCAGCCCCUACUUCCGCGAGCUGCUCAAGAGCACACCCUGCAAACACCCGGUCAUACUGCUGCAGGAUGUCAACUUCAUGGACCUGCACUCGCUGGUGGAGUUCAUCUACCACGGCGAGGUGAACGUACACCAGAAGUCCCUGCAGUCCUUCCUAAAGACCGCCGAGGUCCUGCGCGUCUCCGGACUCACACAGCAGCAGGCGGAGGACACACACAGCCACCUGACUCAGAUCCAGAACCUGGCCAACGUCGGUGCCCGCACGCCGGUCAACACGCACGCCCAUUCGCACCCACAUCCACAUCACGGUGCCCUGCACGACGACGGCGGCGCCUCGACCGUCUUCAGCCGCCAGGGAGCGGGCUCCCCGCCACCCCCGGCGCUGCCCCCGCACAUCAACAACCAGCUGCUGAAGCGCAUGGCCAUGAUGCACCGCAGCACCGAGGAGACCUCACACGCCCUCAAGCGGUUGCGCGGAUCGGACAAUGGUCUGCCGCUAUCCGGCGCCGGCGGGGCCAGCAACAACAACAGCCCCGACUUGCCGUCGCUCCAUGCGCGCAGCUCCUCGCCCCAACAAACUCCGGCCGACUUCAGUACGAUCAAGCACCACAACAAUAACAACACGCCGCCGCUCAAGGAAGAGAAGCGCAACGGACCCACUGGUAACGGCAACGGCAAUGGCAACGGCGCGAGCAACGGCAACGGAAUCUCCAUUAGCGACAAGCUGGGCAGCCUCACACCCUCCCCGCUCGCUCGGGCUGGCGCCGAGGAAGUCAAGUCGGAGCCCAUGGAGCUGGUCUGCUCCAACAACAAUGCCAACGCCAACGACGAGCACAGCAACGACUCCACCGGCGAGCACGACGCAAACCGCUCCAGCAGUGGCGAUGGCGGCAAGGGCUCCCUGAGCUCCGGCAACGACGAGGAAAUCGGUGACGUACUCGCCUCGCACCACGCCGCCCCGCAGUUCAUCUUGUCGCCGGCGGAGAACAAGAUGUUCCAGGCCGCCGCCUUCAACUUCCCCAUGAGCAAUAUUGAUCAAUCAGCGUUCCUUGGUCUCAACACACAGAUGCAGCAGUCCGGUGAUCUCGCCGUGUCCCCUCAAGGUGGCAGCACCGGCAGCCUACUCGGCGGCGUUAUAGUGCCCGGCGGUAGUGGCACCCAUAGUAAUAAUAGUAACAACAACAACAACAACAACAACCAACAACAACAACAACAAGUAGACCAACAGUCAUCACCACACCACCUCCUCCAACAACAUCAUUCCACACCACAUACCAACAGUCCACAACAACAGCAACUGAAGCAGGAGCAACUGAAGCAGGAACAACUGAAGCACGAACAAUUGAAGCAGUCGGGUGGCGGGAGCAGCAAGUCCAGUGACCUGCACAUUGCGGCGGGCAGCGAGCGAAGCCUGUCCCGCUCCUCGCAGGGCAUUGCGGAGGGCGGUGGCCACAGUGCCACGCCCUCGCCCACCGCCUACCACAAGCGCGAGAGGGAGCGCGAACGCGAGCGAGAGAGAGAGCGAGAGCGAGAGCGAUCGCUAGACCACGAGCGGGACCUUGAAGGACCGGGCGGCACCGGAUCACCGUCUUCGCCGCCACCACCGCCGCCGCCAUCGCACCAUUCGCAUUUCGGCCAGCAUCCGUUGUCGCUGCUGCCGAGCCAUCACCAGCUGCACGCCACCCACCACGAGCUGAGCGCCGCCGCCCACCACGCCCAUGCCCACGCCCACGCGCACGCCAUGGCCCGUGCCGGAUCGCCGUUGGAGCACCACCACCUGUUGCACCACCGACGGGCUUCGCUCUCGCCCUCCGGAGCCGUGGCCGGAGCCAGCGGCGGAGGAGGACGCGUCGGGGGAGCGGGCGGACCGGGCGGCAGCCUCCUCUCCUCAGUGCGCGCCCAGGACGUGGCACAGGCCAACCGGUUGCUGCUGCCCCUGCCCCUCAACGCCUGCCACCGGUGCGACGUGUGCGGCAAGCUGCUAAGCACCAAGCUCACGCUGAAGCGCCACAAGGAGCAGCAGCACCUCCAGCCGCUGAACAACGCCGUGUGCAACCUGUGCCACAAGGUCUUCCGCACGCUCAACUCGCUGAACAACCACAAGAGCAUCUACCACCGCCGCCAGAAGAACCACCACUCGUACUUCCACCACGGGGCCAACGUGGGCCAGGCGGGCAGUCCGGGCAGCCGGCUCCACCAGUCGCUCAGCUCGCUGAGCGCAGCAGCGGCGGCGGCCAACAACAGCGUGAACGUGGGCGGGGGCGCUGGCGGAGCCGGGGGCAAUGCAGUGGCCGCUGCCGCGGCGGCAGCAGCUGCGGCUGCCGAGCUGCUACUCUCGCCAAUAGUUGGAGCCGCGGCCGUGGCCGGGGGAACGGCCAGCUCCACGCUCCAGCUGGCCGCGGCGCACCAGCAGCAGCAACAGUCCUCGCCGGGCAUUGUCAAGCCGUGCAUGGACUUCUUAUAAGAUCAACAGCAACUCUUGCAGCAGCUGUUUCACGUGGCGCUCAACAACUCCGCGGCAGCAGCGGCGGCUGCAGCGGCAGCAGCUGCAGCGGGACCGGGCCCGGGAGCGGGGGUGGGAGCUGGGCCGGAGGCAAUGAGUGGCGUUCAGGAGUACGGAGUACAGGGGCCCAGCGGCACGCCCACCGUCGAUCUCACCCAGCUGGAGCACUCGGCGGGAGGCGGUGGGUUCUCCGCCGCCGCCUUGCAGCACCACCUGCCGCACCACCUUUCCCACCAGCAUUCGCUGUCCCACCAGCAUCCCCACCAGCUUUCGCACCCGCACCCCCAUCCGCACCCGCAUCCGCACCAGCACGCAUAUGAACGAAUGAAUUUAUUAGACCAAUAAGCGAGGCGCAGGAAAGUAUGCUACGAAAACUAGACGCGACGAUCGGGCACCAAACACACGCACACAAUCGAAUGAAGAAUGAGGAGGAGGAUGUGGAGAAUGAGUAUAAAGAACCGACCGAACGGACGAAAGGAUUAGGAUGAGAACAGGACUACGAUCACAUAACCAUGUAUAUUUCGGAUCUCACAGAACGGAAAAUUCAAAGACUUUUUCGGCCAGAACAAAAAAGAAACAAAAAUGGCAAAUAUUAAGACGAAGCCGAUAAACAAGAAAGCGAAAGCAAGGAGAGGAAAUGAAGACAAAAACAUUUUUAGGCAAAUGGAAAAACUGUGAUUAUUUAUGACUUGAUUAUAAAGCAAGCAAAAACAAAAGUCUUUUAUGAUAAAGCUAUAUACAUACAUAUACACACGCACACACUCAAUUAGAUCGCGCUGGAGCAGACUCGAAAUCUGGGCAGAACACGUAUACAUAUAAGCAUUUUUUUUCCCCAUCCCAAAUUGGGAUGCGAAUAGAGUUUGUCACGUUAGAGCUAGAUUAGAAAAAAGCGGCGCUCCAACCCGAGCUUGGAGCACAGGAUAGAAGACUGUUAACCAUGCCACCCACACGUACACACGCCAUACCCCAUUGAACACGUACCCCUGAGUAUUACCCGCAGGAAGCGCAAGACGUAAUCGUCUUGCCUCUCGAAACCUAAUCCGAACCGAACCAUAUCCGCCAAUCGUUGUGAAUGUGGAUGCAGCCGGGGAUCACACUAAAUCUGAAUCUAAAUCACUGAACUAAUGUGCAAUGCGCUAUGUCUAGCUCUUCCCCUUAUCUGUACAGCAUCUAACUAUUCGAUUUUCGUCGCAUAUGACUUUUCUUAACACCAUAAUACAGCAGAACUUACAACUAACGCAUUUUUUUUUAUUGUAUU